AUGCUCAGCUGGAGCAUGCCUGAGAUGGAGAAGACCCAUAGGCCUGUCCGUCUAGUAGCAGACCAGGUGCCUUUCGGAGCACUUGGUCGGAUAAUUACGGCUUCUCCUAUUCUGAUCCAACAUCUUGAGAUGAGAGUAUAUGUAUCUUAGAUAGAGUCCAUCUUGAGAGUAUAUGUAUCUAUAUCCUAGGAGAGAGGGAUGAUUUUAAGGGCGGGAAAAGGCGCCCAGGAUGCGUCUCAGGAUGGAUUGGGGGCUCUAAGAUAACUGGCGCUUUCAGAAAACGAGGAUUGAUGAGUGGUGGCGACGGAGGUGGCGAUGGAUCAUCAUCUUCCAGUGCUAGUGGCCCAGCUCCUGGCGCGCCACGAUCAACAUAUCUAGUGCGGCUAGAAUACAUGCAGACAAACCCCGCGGGUGAGCCGGUCGAAGAAUCUAGUACUAGCGCUGUGACCGGUAGUACAACGGCAUCGCCAGCAGCCAAGAUGAAGUUCGAAGAUCUUUUGCCGCCAAGUAAACGGGCUCAUGAAGCGUCAAAGCGAUUAGCUGAAAAAGAUGCCUCUGCGGUUCCGAAGGACAAAACCCUGUUGGGAACUAUCUUUUUCUUUGAGAGUGGGUGUAUUGUAGCAUCUGAGAAAUGGCCAGGUCCGCCUUUUUUGCGUACGACCAACGAACCUUGCGUUCCACGCGCAUGCUUGCCGAAAUUCUGGCAGGCGCUGUCGCGGAAGGACAUAGAGAAAAGGACUGGGGGACUGGAGACUGAUGAAUAUUAAGGUUUUCUUCAAAACAACAUCGUGUUCGGAAGCAUCAUACUUAGUAGCUUACUUAGAUAGAGCACAAGAACCAGUAUACAACUAAUCUGUUCUUCAGCGGUGAAAGUGAAACAACUCCAAGAUGUAUCAUUAAAGAAUGGACUUAAUCAUGAUCGACAAAAGCGAGUGCUUGCUCUUCUAAGAAUGCGCUCACUUUGAACUCGAUGAAGUAAACGCCGCCAUAGCAAAGCAGAAGAAAGCUCAGUCAGUCGCUGAAGGCACGGAUCAAAUAACGACAGUGGACACAGCAGGAGGCGGAAUGGGCGUUUCUGCAUCGGGCAGUGGACGAGUGAUGUUCGAUUCUUGUGGUAAUUCGAUAGAAAUAGGGACUCCAGCAGUGCCGCUUGAUCCGUUCUUCCACACGGCGAAAAUGACGGCGGUCUGGGUAGCCGAAAACCGUGGCCAGUACAGGAAUUCUGCAGUUGGUAGAGGGCUUACGGUCAGAAUAUUUUGUAGUAGUGCAACUAGUGAAACUGAAUCCACCCGACAACAGCGAAAGUGGGCACAUAAAAAGUGGCAGGGAAUGACAAAUCGGGGGCUCUCGCGGUGCGGUGGGCUUCCAUUCAUUUGCGCCAGAUGCUGAAGACGAUGCGCGGGCGGCGCGCCCCUACACCACGGAAGACGCGACGCGCCAGGGGAGACGGCAGCCAGCGGGGCGGCCCGAAAUCGGAAAGGCCGAGGAAACCCGGAACGCACGCGCGCUGCUUUGUGUUUGCAGCAGCUGGCGGAUGAAACUCGCAAAACCGAGCGGAAAGGUGCCAACCUGCGAAGGCCUGCGCAAGCAGCGGGCAACCAGGCCCGCAUGGAAAGCCGCGCGCGGCGCCCGAGUGGGGGCAAGCCGUGAACCUGGGCCGCUGCGUGUUGUGUGGUGUCGUGCAGAGACGCCGCGGACACGUAUCAGAACGGGCUGUCUGUGGCGGGCUGGGUGCAUUUGAGUGCGCUGGCGCGGCUUUGUAAGAAGCAAGCGGAGCCGCCACGCGGGUGGCACCGGGGCGGGACAGUUGGCGGAGAAGCAUUACUGAGCAAGACCAAGCGCAGCCGCUGAAGAGGCGCCGGGCCAUGACUCGCGUGCACUGUCAGUGCGCGGCCAGUGCUUCCCCCAAGCCCAACUUCGAGGACAGCCUGACCACUCACGGCGACAGUGCCGCUAGCCGCGGUCCGCGCUGACCCUGAGGCGGAUGCGCAGGGCCGUGCGGCUGGCCCGUGGUGUCCCGUCUUCGACCGAGGUGAAGCCGCGAACGAUUUAUCGAGUCAUGACUGGAGUAACUUCAUCCAGUCAAUGCCGUGCACCCAUAGCUUCGCUGUUGCUGUUUCGGGGGUGAGCUGUCGCAAAAGUGUUGGGGACGUAGCUGAAAUGUUGUGCGGGCUCGCCUAUACUGCGGCGGUUGCAGGGCGAAACCUGGGACGCGACGACCUGGCUCGUCGUCGUCUUCUUCUUCUACGAUCGCAGGGGCACUAGCACAAUCCUCAGCGUCUUCUUCUAGUAUGGGGGGAGUUAUAGCCCUUCCAUCGCGUCGCUAUCCGGAAAUCGCCGAUGGCGGCCGACUCGAAUUUUCGAGCUUCGAGUCUGCUACGCGCUGGGCGGCAAUUUGUGCGGAGUUUGCAAGGGAGCCGCAACUGGUGCCGGGCAAUAUACUCCGGCGCCCGCCACCAGUCGCGAACGCCAUAGCGGUGCGCCCGCAAAGUGAAGACGAAACUAUUGACUACUCCCGCACGCUCCUGCUUAUUGAGAAGCAGGCGACGCCUCGCUCGGCACUCCAGAACCGCACUACCUAAUACACGAUGGGCUCGCUAUAGCGUGCAAGUUAAUAACUAGAAAACAAGAGGCGCACGCGCCGGCGUGAGUCGCAAAUGUCGCGCAUAUUGCCGAGCUCUUGCCUCGAAACCGUAUUGCCCGCGGUCAUGUCUACAACGAACUGCCCACGCCGUUGUGACCCAGCUGCGAGCACUUCGCUGCUCAGCUUGUGCACCGCAAGGGCCACAAAAGCGACCGGACUCCGGGCAACAGCAGAGGAAAGAGCGCGCUACUGAGGUUGUGGAAAUUGGGCAGGCAGGGUGUGCCGUUGAUGAUGAUGCCAGCGGUUUCGCCCAUACUCUGGCUGGCGAAGUUGCUGGCGUGAAAAGGUUCACCGGGACGGAGAAGGUGACUGGGGCGGCGACUACAGCUUCUGUGGCGCACUUGGAGGGCAGGGCCUGGGCUUGUGAACUCUUCAAACUAACAAACGAACCCGGGCGAGAUAGCUCGGCCGCGCCUGCUCUCGUUUCAUGCCUUGAGUGAAGGGCGCAAUACACAGGACCGCUUGCGGCUGCGCGGGUGCUUGUUGCGUGCAGGUGCCAUGCAGUGGGGGUCUUCGCUCUCCUUUCACCUUUGGCGGUGUUGGUUUAUUCUAAUUUUUGGCCCCACUGGCGUCGUUGUUAGAUAGUCCAGCUCUAUCCAUCAGCGUGGGCCCCUGGUCUUGGCUCUUCUUCUUAGUUCUUCGCCGCUUGUGUGAUGUGUCGUGUCUUCGUCUGUUUGUGUCUUUGUGCUUGCUGUUGUCAUUGUCUUAAACAAAUAAGUCCCCGGCCCGCCCUCGUCCUUCAGAACUAUUCUGGUUCGCCUAGUAGCUAAGUGCUGUAGCCAGUGCGCAUCGCUGGUCGUGUAGAGUAAGUAGUACCUUUUACCUAUUGACGUAGCCUUAAUUCUGCUUUUGCUUUUUUCCCGCUACCAUCCACUUUCUCAUUGUUGCAAUUCUCUGCAUGCCUUGACAGGUGCUGGACGAAACAAUAAACUAAAGCUCAACUAUCUCCACUUUUUCUUGGCUAAAAUUGGGUGGGUAUUUUUUAAGAUGGACCCUCCAUUACAUACCCACCUUUUCUGAUUGGUGUACUUACUUGACUCGUUCAGUUGACUCCAACAAGACGAACUUCUCCCAUUUCUGUUGUAUGCCAACUCUAAUACAAGCAAUCAUGCAGAGCACAACCCUUCUAGUGAGGCAGCCAUCGUGCAAGAGGAGGCUGAGAAGGAAAUGCCGAAAUUCAAAUUUUCGUCAAUGAAGAAGAAGGACUGGGCAGGACCAAUAGAUGCCCGUCCAAAUCUACUCUUUGAGUAUCAUCGUCACACAAUCCUUACUCGGAUAGAGGCCGCUGGGCCGCAGGGAGAACAAGGUGGGGAAAACGGUGCUCAGGGUGCUGGUGGAGCAGUGGUGCUUAACUUAUGGAAAUGAAUUUUAAUGAUAGAUUGAUGGAUCUACCCUACGAAUACGAAAGGACUGCAAGUAAGAAGUAGCUGAAGUACUUCAUCAAGAGAAAAUGGAGCUGUUCUUGAUCUAACCAAAAGUGGCAACCCCGGUGACGAUGUUGAAGAGGUAAAUAACCGUAACGAAACCGAUGAGGCGCUGGAAAGGAGUAGACAGAGAAGAUGGGCACGGAAGAAAAAAGCGAUGGGAGACUUUGCUUAGCAAGGAAGAAAAAAGCUCGAGAUUUUGCUUAUAAUUCUUCUUGUUGUAAAUUUUGGUGCAAGUUUCCUCCUGCACCAUCCUCCACAUGAGCGAAAUUUAAAUACUCACAACAUGUUGUCAGGUUUGCUCAUGGACGAAAUAUUCCGAGUAUGUGUAUGUCCUUUUGGCAGCUAUUUAUGGAUGCACCGCUUUCACUCUUCUUUCCAAGAAAAUAACGCGACCACUAUUCGUGUCUCAGCUCCGAAGAGGAGGCGAACAACAUGCACUGGUAUUGUUUGUGGAUUGCUAUUCUGAUUCUAGUGCCGGUCACUUGUGAUGUGGAUUGCUCUUCUGAAAUUUUCAGAAAAG